AUGCGGUUAGACCCUAGUCAGAGGGAUCCAAAUCUAUUCUGCGAUUAUCACACGACUCAUAGACAUCAAACCUCUGAUUGCUGUCACCUACGUGAUGAGGUUGCACUACUAUUAAAGGAUGGUCAUUUAAGGGAGUUUUUGAGUGAUAGAGAUACGGGAACACCCUUUUCAACCAAAAAGGAUAAGUUGUCAAAAGCGCACGAUCGAAGAUCCCAAGGACUUAUACAGGAGGAUGUAACAACAUUCACCAAUGAAGAGGCGAAAGCCUUAAUUUCACCUCACUUUGAUACUCUGGUAAUUUCUGUUAUGAUUAAUCACUGUAGAAUUGAUAAUGUCGUGGUUGAUCCAGGUAGUUCAGCCGAUGUCAUUCAAUGGGGAGUCAUUGAACAACUGGAAAUGAUGGGCAAACUAACGCCAUCCGUAAAAGUAUUCAGUGAAGCAAGUAAAACAGCAAAGAGAGAGAUCGUGUUGUCGGUUAAUGCCGGAGGUGUGAUAAAAAAUAUGAGGUUUUACGUUGUAAACGGUGACACGAAAUGCAAUGCUAUCUUUGGGAGACCUUGGAUUCAUGAUAUGAAGGCAACAACUUCGACACUACUCAAACAGAUAGAAUUUCCGAUGUCGGAUGGAAUCGGAUGCACCCGGGCAAUGAUUGGCGGUAAAAGGAAUAUUCGACUUCAAGAUUGCUAUGAAAAAUAG